CAAAAAAAGAAAUCAAACAUCAGCAGAAAUCAGUUGGAGUCCAUAUUCAAGGAGCUGGAACACAAAGUCAUCACUCUGAUAAAGAAUGAGCUGAAGAGGUUUAGGAAGCUCCUGAGUCCAGAUUACCCAGCAUGUACUGAGAGGGAGGUGGAGGAUGAGGAGGAUCUGCACAGUGUCAGAGAGGGAGCGCUGAAGAUCACACUGCACGUCCUGAAGAACAUGAACCACACAGAUCUCGCUAACACACUGCACAACAAGUUUGUGGCCUCUGUGUAUAAGCCAAAGUUGAAAUCCAACCUGAGAGAGAAGUUUAAAAGAAUUAAUGAAGGAAUCUCACAGCAUGGAAGCUCAGCUCUUCUGAAUGAGAUCUACACAGAGCUCUACAUCACAGAGGGUUGGAGUGGAGACGUCAAUAAUGAACAUGAGGUGAGACAGAUCGAGACAGCGUCCAGGAGACCAGCAACACAAGAGACACCCAUCAAAUGUAAUGACCUCUUUAAAGACAAGUCCAUCAGAACUGUGCUGACUAAAGGAGUUGCUGGAAUUGGAAAAACAGUCUCUGUGCAGAAGUUCAUUCUGGACUGGGCUGAAGGAAAAGCAAAUCAGGACGUCACCUUCAUGUUUCCACUUCCCUAUAGAGAGCUGAAUUUGAUGAAGCAGCAAAAUCUCAGUCUGAUGAAUCUUCUUCAUCACUUUUUCCCAGAAAUGAGAAAACUACAAUUAAUAGACUCCUACAAAGUGGUGUUGAUCUUUGAUGGUCUGGAUGAGUGUCGACUUCCUCUAAAUUUCCAGAACAAUGAGAGAUUGUGUGAUGUGACGGAGUCAGCCUCAGUGGAUGUGCUGCUGACAAACCUCAUCAAGGGGAAUCUGCUUCCCUCUGCUCUCCUCUGGAUAACCUCUCGACCCGGAGCAGCCAAUCAGAUCCCUCCUGAGUGUGUAGAGCAGGUAACAGAGGUACGAGGCUUCAGUGAUCCUCAAAAAGAGGAGUACUUCAGGAAGAGGAUAAAUAAUCAGAGACUUGCCAAUAAAAUCUUCAAGAAGCCUCUACAUCAUGUGCCACAUCCCAGUCUUCUGCUGGAUUUCAGCCACUGUUCUAGAGAGAAUGUUGGGUGAAGCAGAGAGUGGAGAUAUCCCCAAGACUCUGACUCAAAUGUUCACACACUUCCUGAUCUUUCAGAUCAAACACAAAGAUGAAAAGUACCAUCAGAAAUGUGACCCUGAUCCUCAGCAGAUCAGAGACAGUAUCCUGGCACUGGGAAAACUGGCUUUCCACCAGCUGGAGAAAGGAAACUUGAUCUUCUAUGAGGAAGACUUGAGAGAGUGUGGCAUUGAUGUCAGAGAAGUGUCCGUGUACUCAGGAGUGUGCACCCAAAUCUUCAGAGAGGAGUUUGGGCUUCACCUGGGGAAGGUGUUCAGCUUUGUACAUCUGAGUGUUCAGGAGUUUCUGGCUGCUUUAUAUGCAUUUCUCUCCUUCAUCAGCAGAAAUGUACCCAAUCAACAAACCACUGAUCUGUCUGAUCUUUUCAGAAAGUCAAACAUGUCCAAUUUCCUCAGGAGUGCAGUGGACAAGGCCUUACAGAGUGAGAAUGGACACCUGGAUCUGUUCCUCCGCUUCCUUCUGGGUCUCUCCCUGGAGUCCAAUCAGACUCUCUUACGAGGCUUAAUGCCACAGACAGGAAGCAGCUCUCACAGCAAACAGGAAACAGCCGAAUACAUCAAGGAGAAGAUCAGGGAGAAUCCAUCUCCAGAGAAAUCCAUCAAUCUGUUCCACUGUCUGAAUGAACUGAAUGAUCAUUCUCUAGUGCAGGAAGUACAAACUUACCUAAACAGAGGAGGUUACAGUCGUCUCAGUGGAACCAGACUCUCUCCUGCUCAGUGGUCAGCUCUGGUGUUUGUGUUACUGAACUCAGAACAACAGCUGGACGUGUUUAAUUGAAGUAAAUAUUACCCAUCAGAGGAAUGUCUUUUGAGGCUGCUGCCAGUGGUCAAAGCCUCCAGAAAAGCUGAGCUGCGUGAGUGUAAUCUGACAGAGGAAAGCUGUAGAGUUCUGUCCUCAGUUCUCAGCUCAAACUCCUCCAGUCUGAGAGAACUGAACCUGAGUAAUAAUAACCUGCAGGAUUCAGGAGUGAAGCUGCUCUCUGCUGGACUGGAGAAUCCCCACUGUACACCGGAGAUACUGAGGCUGUGGGAGUGUAAUCUGACAGAGGAAAGCUGUAGAGUUCUGUCCUCAGUUCUCAGCUCUAACUCCUCCAGUCUGAGAGAACUGGACCUGAGUGACAAUAAACUGCAGCAUUCAGGAGUGAAGCUGCUCUCUGCUGGACUGGAAAAUCCACAUUGUACACUGGAGAUACUGAGGUACACACACAGACACACACAAACAUUAAGUAUGUUAAUAAAUGUCAAUUCCUAAUAAUAAUGCUACACAACCUGAAAAUAAAAUAUUAAAAGCUAAAAAGUCAUUAAGAAAUAAAUACAUGUAAUCAAACAAAGUAUUAAGUAGAUCAUUAAGAGAUAAAUAGUGGUUUUAAGCAUUAAAAUCAAGAGGACUAAUUAAAAGGCAAGGUAAUAUAUAAAUAUUAAUAUACAUUUUUAAAUAUAUUUAGUGCAGGUGUCUGAUGGAUAUAUGCUGGGAGUGAGUUCCACAUCCUGGGAGCAGCGACACUAAAAGCAGUUUCACCGAGCUGCUUCUUAUUAAAAUUGACCUUAAGGAAGCCAGCAUUUGUUGAUGUUAAAAAUGAUUUGGGGUGAAAUCCAUCAGGCAUUCUGCUAAAUACACAGGUGCAAUGCCAUUAAGAGUUUUAAAAACUAAUAAGAGCACUUUAAAAUCGAUUCUGGAUGUCACAGGUAACCAGUGCAGUUCCUGCACAAUAGGAGUAAUAUGGUCUCUCUUUAGUUUGUGUUAGAAGCUGAGCAGCUGCAUUUUUUACUAACUGAAAUGAAUAAAUAGUAGAUAAUAGUAGUUGCAUUAACUCUAUUUAUGGAUGCGUUAUUCUGCAUCAUCUUUAGAUAAAAAUGGAAGAACUUUUGCAAUGUUCCUCAAAUGAUAAAAAGCGACCUUAGAGAUAUUAUUGAUGUGAAGAACAAAGCUGAGAUCUGAGUCGACUGUUACACCCAGAUUUCUAACCUGUAACCAGCUCAUUUUUCAAUAAGUAUUCUCUUUUCUGUUUAUCUCCUGCAAUUAAUGUCUCCAUUUUAUUAUUUUUAAAGUUCUGUAACAUGCAGUCAGAUAUUUCAUUCAAGCAUGUAAUCAGUUUGUUAAUUGGCUCUUGAUUACUCAGUGACACUGAUAUAUAAAGCUGUGUGUCAUCUGCGUAACUAUGAAAACUGAUUUCAUGCUUUUGAAUGAGUCUACCAAGAGGUAACAUGUAGAAGGAGAAAAACAAGUGUACGAAAAUAGAUCCUUAUGGAACUCCAAAUGAAAUAUCAUAUUGUCUUGAUGAGUGACUUCCCAGUUUAACAUUCAACUGUCUACCACACAAGUAUGAUCUGAACCAGCUUAGUACUGCUCCUGAGAGACCUACCCAAUGUUCAAGUCUGUGUAGAAGAAUGUCAUGGUCUACAGUAUUGAAAGCUGCACUCAGGUCAAGAAGAACAAGAAUGGAAAUGUGAUCAGAACUGGCUCUUAGCCACUGAUCAUUUAAAACCCUGACCAAAUGCGUGCACACCACAGCUCAUUUGUAAGAAAGCGGCUUGACAUGAAAGGUGAGAAAAAGAGAUCUACACUGUACGCAGGUGAUCAUGGACACCGAGCAUCACACAGAGAAACUGCUGUGUUUAAAUAGUUUAAAGUGUCUCAGUAACUGUUGGUCAGAAAUCUCUCACACUGAUGCGAUCUUCAGCCUCUCACGCUACAAUCAGUCACUUCUCUCUGUUUGAAAUGUGACAAUAACAAGAAAUCCAAGCACUGAUAAACUUGGACAUGCACAGGAAUGGCACAAGGUUGUUGUGUUGGUUAAAUUAGUGCUGGCUCUGAAGUGUUGAACAGCAUUUAAAGAAGAUGCUGUGAUGAACAGAAGUGAUUUAUAAACCAGCUUUCAUCCUCCAGAACAAUCAUACUGGCCUCUAAAUAUCUAAAUAUCUCUAACAGUGUGCUCUAAAUCUUCUGUCAGCUUAUGGCUAUACACAGACAGACCGGCCCUUCCUCCUUUAUACAGACACAUUUCUUUUGUCUUAACUGAAUGACCCGUUCUCCUUUCUUUUGGCUUGCAUUUUAAAUAUUUUGUUUCCUAUUAAUGCCAUUAAUAUGAAACUGGGGUUAGAGUUUCUGUGUUUCACAAAGGUUUUGUUAAAUUGGUGUGUAACUGAAAUAAAUACUGUUAGUGAGUUAAAUCUGGAUAAAAAAUUACAGUAACUCACUGAGAUUUAUAUUAUUUGAAGCUGAUCAUUCAAGCUUCACCUUAUUUAGUCUUGUUUUAUGUGUAAAUUGCCACAAACUCAGGAGCUCUUGUCCCCAGUGAGACCCCUAGCACACAGGAACAGGAGUCCAGUGUUGAUGCUAUUUCCCCAAGCUCCAGCUCAGUCCAGAGCUCCUCCAUAAGUGCCUGAUGAAUGUGAAAGUAGAGGACAGUGAGGUGUUGGUGGAGAAGCACUGGGUUGAGGGUCAGAAUAAAGACCAGAUAAAGCAGCUAUGCACAUACAUAAAGAGCUAGCUCUUGUGCUGAGUGGCCAAGCCCAUUUAACUCUGAUUCCAACACCUCAUCAACCUUUUCUCUCAACAUCUUGUAGAUGUUCCACAACAUUACAUUUUUAAUUUACACAUUAAAGAUUUCCUGUGUAAAUGCUCCUACACACGGUUUAUGAAUAAAUAAAUUCAUUUGUAUCCAGUGUGAUAAAUGAGGCCCAGUGUUUUAUAUGAGUAAAAAAAAUUGAAGUGUGUAUUUUUAUAAGGUGUAGAUUAGCAUUGUUUCUGAUGUUGAGCUUUGUGUGUGUGUGUGUGUGUGUGUGUGUGUGUAUUGGGGUGUUAUGUGAUUCGUAUCUGUGUGUGAAAGUUAUAAGAUUAAGGUCCAAUGAACAAUGAACAUCAACUGUUUUACCGUCUCUGUGAAAUUCAACUUUGUGUUAAUACUGAAAUAUCUACAUCACUUCUCACAUCAGAACAAAGUACAUUUAUUUCUACAGUGUGUAGAUCAGUGUACAUUACACACGCAUUUACUUUAAUAACAUGCCAGUACUAGUCGUACUUUACAGUGAGGUCAAUAAGCCAAUUUCUCUGAUGUUAUCUGUCCUCAUGGAGCUGUUACCAUUUUAUAGACCUGUUUCUAUUGUUCUAUGUGAGCAAAAAUAUUCCAGAAAAUGUUUGUAAUGGAAAGUAAAUGUGUGUAUAAUGUACACUGAUCUACACACUGAACACACUGUAAUGAAGCAGUAAAGGACAGUGUGUAAAUGUUCUCCAGCAGAACUUUCCCCAGAGCUGCUGAACACACUGUAUGAAAAACUCUCUGCUAGAAAUAGAGACGUGUUUGUUCAGAGUGGCCUCUCUGUUAUUAUUUUGUUUCAGAAAGUUACAGUCAGGUCCAUAAACAUUGGGACAUCGACACAAUUCUAACAUAUUUGGCUCUAUACACCACCACAAUGGAUUUCAAAUGAAACGAACAAGAUGUGCUUUAACUGCAGACUGUCAGCUUUAAUUUGAGGGUAUUUACAUCCAAAUCAGGUGAACGGUGUAGGAAUUACAACAGUUUGCAUAUGUGCCUCCCACUUGUUAAGGGACCAAAAGUAAUGGGACAAUUGGCUUUUCAGCUGUUCCAUGGCCAGGUGUGUGUUAUUCUCUCAUUAUCCCAAUUACAAUGAGCAGAUAAAAGGUCCAGAGUUCAUUUCAAGUGUGCUAUUUGCAUUUGGAAUCUGUUGCUGUCAACUCUCAA